CACACUCGGUUCAAAGUUGAAAGUCAAAACAACACUGCAGCACUACAGUAUGGCGGUUCUUGUGGGUUGCCGAGUUCUUCUGCAAGCUAUUCGACCCCAAACGGGUACCAUCGAGGGAGUGCGCAGAUUGCAGGAGCAUACGAAGUCUUUGCACAAUGUCCUCAACAACAAACUACAGUACAUUCGUCCGACAAGCAAUGGAGCGACCCGUCAUUACAGCUCCGAUAUUAAGGAUGACUUGAGCAUUAGAUAUCUGGACGGAGAAGAUUCAGGGAUUGUCGUCUUUGGGAUCAAUCGACCAAAGCAAAAAAAUGCCAUCAGCAAAAACCUUGUCAUUCAGAUGACUGAGGCUGUGGAGAGUGUAAAAAAGAACAGCAAAGUGCGGACUGUCAUCAUUUGUAGCAUGGUGCCUGGGAUAUUCUGUGCAGGUGCGGACCUUAAAGAGAGGGCCAAAAUGCACCAAAGUGAAGUUGGACCCUUUGUGUCCAAGGCAAGGGCACUAAUCUCAGAACUUGGUAAUCUGCCCAUGCCAACGAUCGCAGCUAUCGAUGGAGCUGCCCUUGGUGGUGGUCUGGAGAUGGCUCUGUCCUGUGACAUCAGAAUUGCCUCUAACAAUGCAAAGCUCGGCCUGACUGAAACCAAACUCGCCAUCAUUCCAGGAGCAGGGUCCCAUUGCAAUUAGGAUGGCAAAGUUGGCCAUCAACCAGGGCAUAGAGGUGGAUUUAAAUACGGGAUUAGCAAUUGAAGAAGCAUGCUAUGCCCAGGUGAUUCCGACAAAAGACAGGCUGGAGGGACUGGCUGCGUUCAAGGAGAAGAGGCCUCCUCGCUUCAAGGGAGAGUAAACGUUCACCCUGGGCCAAUCAAGAGCAAUCGCAAAUGGCUACCUUCAGUUCUCCUCCUUUCACUGCUUCUGUCAGAUUCCCAUAAGACGGCAAUAUAGGCAGUACCCUCCGCACUAUAACUGGAGUGGGGUGUCCUAACCGAGACGUGAGAGGUCACAUAAAAGUACUGUAUCCGGACAGAGAUAGAAGUUAGGGAGAGAACAACUUUACAGCUGAUUAAUAACCAGAACCGCUAAUCUGCAUGAUGACUUUAUUUUUUUCAGUUUCUAAUGUCAUGAGUUGCCUUUCCUUGUUGUCGUGUCCAACACGUGGUCUGUCUGUUGUAUGUUAACAUUAUCGAGUGUUUGUUUCUCAGUGAUUCAGAAGAUCAGAAUAAUGAAGAAUUUGCUACUGUGAUGAGAUGAGGUUAGAUCCUUAGUAUUACGCAGAAAAMAAUCGUCCCCGAAAUUCCCUAUUUAUUUGACGAGCGUGUGGUCGUCAGCGCAUCCAAUCCAUUUUCUAAUUACAUUUCAUGAUAUCAGGCAGGCUAACAGCAAAUCACAUGAUAAAAGCCUUGCACUUCCCAAGUUCGCUGUGUUUUCUAAUGUUUGAAUGUUAGAGAAAUGAUCUGUUCCUAGAUCACAGAGGAAAUCUUUGUAGAGCUAUCACAAUAAAGUUCUGUCUCAAACUCUGUCA